AUGAAUACUGAGAAGGAAAAUAAGGAAAACAAUAAUGAAAAGGAUAAAAGAAAAGAUCUACCUAAAGAUUUAGAAAAUUUGAGUAUUAAAUAUAGUGUAUAUAAUUCAUGUUUUUUAUUACUUUCUGGUUUACAACUAUAUUUUUUAGGAGAAAAGACAAACGAAAAAAAAAAUUGUGUUAAUUUAAAUAGUACUAUUUUUUCCAAAAAAAAAAAAAUUAAUAAAAGUACAUUUUUUAAAAAUAAUUUUUUAAAUGAUUAUAAUAUGUAUUAUAAAGAACCAAAAAAAUCAUACCUCAAUGAAGAAAUUCCAUAUAUGAUACCACUUUAUAAGAAAAAUAGGAAAGUGAAUAAUUAA